AUGAAUAAUAAUAAUGCAAGUAAUAACGCGGUCGAUCUAAAGGCAGGCGAUGUCGAACGAUUCGAUGUGAUCAGUGUUAAUAUUCGAACAGAAUUCUUGGUUCGAGAAAAGAAUAGUAUAAUGUAUACCGUCUUAUUCCUUUUAUUGCAAUUCGUUUUAAUUUCGAACACGCAGGAUCAUGUAUUCAUCCGAGAUUAUUUUGUGUAUAAAAAAGUACGAAAUGUCGUAGGAUUUUCUUGUGGCGAUAUUGUAGGUGACUUCAAUCUUCUGAAAACGCUAAGCACCACUGGCAUAUUUACGAUAAUAAGAGAACCCAGCGUGAAAAUCGACUUCCGUAGGUUUAUGAGAAGCGAAACUUGGACAGUAGGUGUCGUAAUCGAUUUGCGUUGUCGCAAUGAGACCGCCGUACGAAUUUUCGCUGAAAGCUCGAAAUAUCGAAUGUACGAUUACUCGUACAAUUGGUUAGUGUUGGGCUCGGAUUACAAUAACAGUAUUCCUUUCUUGAACGAUACUGCUUAUAACAUAGUAACUGAUGUUGCUCUUGCUAUAACGAACAAAAAUGGCUAUGAUCUGUACGAUGUUUUUAAUCACUGCAAAUAUCGUGGUGGUGCGUUAAACGUUACUGAGCUUGGUACCUGGCAUCGUGAGUCUGGAUUCAAAGUUUUCUUAACGCAGCCAUUAAUUAGUAGAAGGGCCAACAUGCACGGCAUGAGAUUAAAAAUAUCUGGUGUGAUUCAAUACAGACCAAAAAAUAUGCGUCUCGAGGAUUACAUGCAAGACAUAAAUACGAGAUCGUUGGAUAGUAUGCAUAAAUUUGUACACGCUAUGAUUUUGCAUACAGGAGAUCUUUUUAAUUUCAGCGUCCAUGCCUCGGAAAUAAUUUAUUGGGACCGACACAGCGUGCAUGGUUUGAUUUUCGAAUUCUUACGGUCGAAUUACAUCGAUUUCGCUAGUAAUCCAAGAAUUAUGGUGUCUGAACGAUUGGAUUACGCUACUCUAAUCGGCGCAGCAUGGCCAAUUAGACCCUGUUUCAUGCUGCUAUCGACUUCAACGAAUAAGAUCAAGUUAGAAAUCUUUUUGAAACCCUUCACACGGCAAACGUGGUACGUGUUUGCUGUUUUCGGAUUAUUUUCCGUAUUCGUUAUGAAGAUGAUAAUGAAUCGCGAAGAUAUUGGCAAGAGAGAAAAAUAUUCAGGAGCGGUGGUGCUGUCGAUAGGAAUCGUGUCUCAACAAGGUGCAUAUGAAAGAUAUCAAUCGGAAGCUAAAUUAUCAAAUACGUGGAAAGAUCAAAAUCUAUUAAAACUAUUUGAAAUUUCGAUAGGUGCAAAUUUUUUGCCGAAACGUUUACCAAGCCGUAUAGCGUUAUUUCAAAUAAUUAUACAUAGCUGGAUAAUGUACAAUUAUUACUCUGCCAGUAUUGUCUCGGCUCGAUUGAGCGAACCCCUUGAUAUGAUGGAAGAUUCUGUAACUGUUCUUGCUGAUAGUAAUCUAAAAAUUGCUGCGGAAGCCGUACCAUAUCUAAACUACUUUUUAUACAAACUGAACUGGGAAUCGGAUUAUUUUCGCAAGAAACGCUGGGAUCCUCUGCCAGAAUCAAAACGAUAUCUCCCAAUAGAAGAGGGUAUCAGACAAGUCGGUCAAGGAAUUUUAGCGUAUCAUACAGAUCCUAAUACAGCUUACCCUUACGUCGAAAGAAUGUUCGAUUCAAAUAAAAUCUGCGAAUUGACGGAGAUUCAUUUGUUCAAACAAUCGGUGAUGGGAAUGUACGCCAGUCACAAUGGACAGUUCAUUGAGAUAGCAAAAAUUGGGUUGACAAAGAUGUUUAAUACUGGCCUUCGUAAUCGGCAAAUCAAACAUUGGUCAUCGAGGAAGCCACAGUGUCAACCCGACACUUUGUCCACAAGGAGCAUCACGAUCUACGAAACUGCUCCAGCUUUGAUUUUAUUGGCAUUCGGAAUGCUCGUAGCUGGAAUCAUUUGCAUCGUGGAAAAUAUUAUUUACAAUCAUACGAUGAAGAGUAUGGAGAAAAGUGCACGAAAGAGAAGCGAAGCGAAAGGAAGUUUCAGCAGUAGCAACAGCGGACGUAACUUAUUAGAUAUAAAUCCAUAAUAUUCGUAUUGGUUUUUGAUUCGAUAAGAAAGUAGAAUUUCAAUUAGUAAGCUAUUUCAAUUAACUUAUAAAAUUAAAAAAUGAAAUAAAAGAACUAGUUAUAUGAUGUAUAUAUUUGUUUGCAAGGGAUCAACAUUCUUUUUGACAUAGAAAUUGUAAAUUUUGAAAUAUAAGUAAAAUUAGUCGAUUAACUAUUGAUCUGAUAUAGUCAUUAUCGGAUAUUACUAUGCUAUAAAACAGUUCAGAAUCACGAGUGGUUUCGUUUUCUAAAGAGCCAUCACAUCAAACCUGACAUGUUUUCUCAUGAAAAAUAAAAGAAUGGAAAGGAAGGACUGCCAGGGACUGUAGCACGAAUACUCUACUUGUAGUCGUUCGAUUUGCAAUCGUGAAUAAAGGCUAACAACAGUAGUGUCAUGCGCUUUUACAAUUUCUUUUAUUUACAGUUAAUCGUUGCACUGUACGCAAGUAAAAUGGAUAUGAUUCGUGAUUAUUUCGUUUUUAAGAAUGUUGGUAGAGUGGCUGGAUUUUCCUGCGGAGAGAUCGAAAGUAGGUAGUUUUCAUUCUGUGAAGCAAGUUUCUCAAUUUUUUAAAAUAAAAUAGUAUUUUUAAAA